AUGGUUUCUCAAAGCGUCAACAAGACCAAUCUCCACCCUUCCGGCGUUGCGCCGAACAAGGAGCACACGGAGAUUGAAGAAUCUCUCCACGACAAAGCACACAUCGACUAUGACCGUGUCGCUAUUAUCGCCAACCCUUCAGUUGCUGCCCUUUACGAAGAUGCGCUCGUAUACGAGACUGGCUCAGCUAUCACAGCUUCAGGCGCUCUCUCAGCAUACUCAGGAGCAAAGACUGGUCGCUCACCCUCGGAUAAGCGUAUCGUCGAGGAGGACUCGUCAAAAGAUGAUGUGUGGUGGGGCCCAGUUAACAAGCCGAUGAAGACCGACGUCUGGCGUAUCAACCGUGAGCGUGCUAUCGACUACCUCAACACCAGGAACCGCAUCUACGUCGUCGAUGGCUUCGCCGGCUGGGACGAGCGCUACAGGAUACGCGUACGAGUUGUCUGCGCCCGUGCCUACCAUGCCCUCUUCAUGCGCAACAUGUUGAUCCGCCCUUCAAGGGAAGAGCUGGAGCACUUCGAGCCUGACUACACCAUCUACAAUGCCGGUGCUUUCCCCGCCAACAGGUACACCAGCGGCAUGACCUCGUCAACGUCUGUUGCCCUCAACUUUGCCGACAAGGAGAUGGUCAUCCUCGGUACCGAGUAUGCUGGUGAGAUGAAGAAGGGAAUCUUCACUGUCCUCUACUACGAGAUGCCCGUCAAGCACAACGUCCUCACUCUGCACUCGUCAGCGAACGAGGGUAUUGAGAACAAGGAUGUCACUGUUUUCUUCGGUCUUUCCGGAACCGGCAAGACUACCUUGUCUGCCGACCCCAAGCGCGCCCUGAUCGGCGACGACGAGCACUGCUGGAGCGACACUGGUAUCUUCAACAUUGAGGGUGGCUGCUACGCCAAGUGCAUUGGUCUCUCUGCCGAGAAGGAGCCAGACAUUCACGGCGCCAUCCGCUUCGGAUCCAUCCUCGAGAACGUCGUCUUUGACCCAGUUACACGCGUUGUUGACUACGACGACGACACUCUGACUGAGAACACCCGAUGUGCCUACCCCAUCGAGUACAUUGAGAACACCAAGAUCCCCUGCAUCUCAGAUGGUCACCCUAAGAACAUCGUUCUUCUUACCUGCGAUGCCCGUGGUGUCCUUCCUCCCAUUUCCAAGCUCAACCCCGAGCAAACCAUGUACCACUUCAUCUCUGGUUACACCUCCAAGAUGGCCGGUACUGAGCAGGGUAUCACCGAGCCCCAGGCUACCUUCUCUUCUUGCUUCGCCCAACCUUUCCUCGCCCUUCACCCCAUGCGCUACGCCAAGAUGCUCGCGGAGAAGAUGCAACAACACAACGCCAACGCUUGGCUCCUCAACACCGGCUGGGUCGGUGCUGGUGCUACUACCGGUGGCAAGCGUUGCCCUCUCAAAUACACCCGUGCGAUCCUUGACGCCAUCCACUCGGGCGAGCUCGCAAACGUCGAGUAUGAGACAUACGAAACCUUCGGUCUCUCCGUUCCCAAGACCUGCCCCAACGUCCCCGAUGAGCUCCUCAACCCCGCCAAGUCCUGGAACGGCACUGCCGACUUCAAGGGCGAAGUGGAGAAGCUCGGCAAGCUCUUCAUGGAGAACUUCAAGAAGUACGAAGACCAAGCCACCAAGGAGGUCAUUGAGAGUGGUCCACACGUAUGCUGCUGCCCCAAGCACUAG